UCUGUUUGGUAACAAAUGUAUUGAGUUAAAGCAUAAAAGUUGUAAUUUUACUUAUAAAAAGUUUUAUUAUUCCUUAAUAUUGUGCCGGACAGUGUUUGAGUGACAAUAUUAAUAAACAAUUCAUAUAAUGCGGCAUUUAGUCUGGAAACUCUAUAUAAGCUGGUGAAAUCGAAGAGGAAAUCCGACGUUCAUAUAUAUAAUGGACACAUGUUGUAUUAGAUUGCUUUGAAAACAUCAAACGAGGAAACGUAACUACUAUUAUACUCUAAUGUCGAAAUUACAAGCUACUAUCUGUUUUGGGACUCAACUAGCGUCAAUGCCACAAAAUGAAGGACAAAUUGAUGAAUUUGUUUUGCAUUUACACAUGCCUAACAAGGGUAUGCGGCCAAUUAAUGUUAACGAGGCAAAUGACACUGUGCUUCAUGUUAUUGAGCGUGCUGUACGUAGCUUGGUACCGGGUCAUAUGCCGAAUCCACAUUUCUAUGCACUACGUCUGAAUAAUGUAGUAACUAAAGAAAUAUUAUGGAUGACGAGAUCAACAGGCAUGAAUCAGGUUAUGAAAUAUAUUUGGUACCCGAUCUGCCCGAAUUUCGAAUGUUCUAACUAUGAUAAUACAAGUAUCAAAAGUAGCAACAGAAGUUCGGUCAAUAGUGUUUGGCGGGCUGAGCUGCGGAUACGUUACAUUCCAAAUAGUUUGGCGGAGUUUUAUGAGCAAGACAAAACCAGCUGUUUAUAUUAUUUUGAUCAGGCUAAACAAGAUUAUGUUUUGUCUGAUCCAACAAUCGAUGUCGAUACGGCGAUACAGUUGUGCUGUUUAGGUAUCCGACAUUAUCUUAAGAAUACGGUAAUCAAAGCGCCAGAUAAAAAGCACCAUAUUGAUUAUGUUGAGAAGGAAAUCGGUUUAAAUUCUUUUCUUCCAAAAUCUGUGAUAAGUUCAGUAAAGCCAAAGAAUUUGAAAAAGUUAAUUCAAGCUGGAUAUAAGAAGGUGUAUAAUUUAACGGACAUUGAAUAUAUAACCAAGUUUUUCGAUCUUCUCCAAACAUGUAAAAUUAAUGGAAAUGAAAAAUUUUCAGUAACAUUAAGUUCAGCAUGGAAUAUAUCCGGCUUCUUGUACAUCGGUUCACAAAUCGGCAUUUCCUAUCAAACACAUCCACAAGCAGACCUGACAAGUGUCGCAACCUUCAAAGACAUUAUCAAAAUUGUAACCCUUACUAUACCCAGGGAUAGUGUAAAUAACCAAUCUAAAAAGCCAAUUGCUAACUCGGCCUCUACAGAUGAUAAAUAUAAUCCUUGUAAAUGCUGGGAGGUCAAAACUCAAUUGAGAAUAACGACAAGGAGCAAUGAUGAAGACUUAGUAAUCACCUGUGAUGGCAUAAAUACGGCUGAAAGCAUUGCUGAUCUUAUUGAUGGAUAUUGUUGCUUAAUUCAAGGCAGUGGUUAUGUUUCCAAAUGGGAACGUAACGAUGUAAAUACUUUAAAUAGUAUAAAUAAUGGCUUGAAUGCAUCAGCCGCAGAUUCAAAGGGCUAUCAAAACAACGGCUUAGACAAGGAAAAGCAAAAUGAGGGGGAUCAAACUGAUGGUGGUGGUGCAACAAUUCAAACCAGCACAAAACCAAAGCCUACCUUAACCGAAGAUUAUGCUGAAAUCGGUUUAAUCGAUGAUGAGGGCGACUAUUCUACGCCUACUGCUCGAAAUUAUGAAUUAGAAAGAUCUCAAAUAAAUCUGAAUGAAAAAAUAGGCGUGGGCCAAUUCGGUGAUGUUCAUAUAGGCACAUAUUUUCCGAAGGCUAAGAAAAAUACCAAAUCGAAUGCAUUGAAUACUAUGGAAAUGAAAUCUUCGGUAAUUCAAGUUGCAGUGAAAACCUGCAAAGCAAGUGAUGACCCUCAAAAAAUGGAGCAAUUUUUAGAAGAAGCAUAUAUUAUGCAAAAAUUCGAUCAUCCACAUAUAAUUCGUUUAAUUGGUAUAUGCAGUGAGUCGCCGAUUUGGAUUGUUAUGGAAUUAGCACGUCACGGGGAACUUAGAGCGUAUUUAAAAGCCAACAGUAAGAAACUUAAGCGUGGUACGCUGCUCCUCUACUGCUACCAGUUGUCGACAGCCCUAAGCUAUUUGGAAUCUAAGAAGUUCGUACAUAGAGAUAUUGCGGCACGAAAUGUGUUAGUCAGUUCGCCAACUUGUAUAAAGCUUGCUGAUUUCGGUCUCUCACGUUGGGUGUCGGAUCAAUCGUAUUAUCAUUCAAGCAUGUGUAUAUUGCCCAUUAAGUGGAUGGCGCCCGAGUCGAUCAAUUUUCGAAGAUUCACUAACGCUAGUGAUGUCUGGAUGUUUGGCGUUUGCGCUUGGGAAAUACUGAUGUUGGGAGUAAAGCCGUUUCAAGGUAUCAAAAACAGUGACGUUAUAACGAAAUUGGAAAACGGUGAACGCUUGCCGCUGCCAAAAGAUUGUCCACCACGCUUGUACUCACUCAUGUCACAAUGUUGGGCUCAUGAGCCAUCCAAACGACCCACGUUCCAGCGUAUAAAGGAAACCCUUUAUGAAAUUUUAGUGGAUGAGAAAAUUAGCGAUUCGGAAACAAUGAGGCGUGAGAACAGACGUGUGGCGGCCAUGUCAUGGAGUGGUUGUGAAGGCGAAGUACCACCAGUUAAACCGACUAGAACACCCUUCGAAGGAGAUUCCGCGCUGCAGUCAUCCAUAGUCAGCGAAAAGAAUCCAUUAAGCCCACAAACAUACAUUAUAGCACAAAAUCCCGAAGUCUUGGCCAGAUUAAUGAUGGAAAACGAGAAUCGCAGCAUUAAUCCAGCAGCUUAUACAACACCAGCAUCGAGGAAGCGUCUGAGCCUUGCAACGUCUAAUUCGGACAUAAAUGCCAUGGGCUAUUUCAAUUCCCAUCAUGGACCAUCAAGUUUACCCGAAUGUUCACCAAGUAUUAGUAAUUCCUUAGGAGCUUCACGCCCGCACACCCCCGACUGCAAACUUGACACCUUAAAGAAUAGUACAUCCUCAAUAGAGAACUCGUCAAGUAGUAAUUUUAUUGAUACACCAAGUGAUUCAAGGCCAAAUAAUGAUGUAGCAACUGCCAAACAAACCGUUAAUAGUAGUGGCAAUAAGCCAACCCUGACGAUUGAUCGCAGCAAUGACGAAGUGUAUAGUGCCACUAAAAAUGUGGUUAAGGCGAUAAUGACACUUUCGCAAGAUGUGGAAAAAUCAAAUGCCAAUAACUAUUUGUAUUUAGUACGAAAUGUUGGAAUUGAAUUACGUGCAUUGCUGGCAUCCGUGGAUCGACUGUCCAGGGUUUUUCCCACGCAAGCGCUUAGAGAGGUUGAAAUGGCACACAAAGUGUUGUCAAAGGAUAUGCAGGAUUUGGUGGCAACAAUGCGCUUAGCACAGCAAUACAGUGACACAACGCUCGAUAGUGAAUACAGACGAAAUAUGUUGUCAUCCGCGCAUGUCCUAGCUAUGGAUGCAAAGAACCUAUUUGAUGUAGUGGAUUCUAUACGUAGACGGCAUGGUAUAUCCUCAACACCAUCAGCACCAUUACAGGAACGGGCACGUUCCAAUCCAUUGUCCUCAACAUCGAGUGAUCCGUUGGUUUUCACGGUUAAGACGACUAGUGGGCAUACCAUAACGCCGAAUGAGGAGACAGCUGUAACGCUAACCGAAGAUGGUUACCAAGUAAUGUCGAAUAGUAAAUAUCAAAAUUACAACAAUUUAGUAACCGAAAAAGACAAAAUUGAUGGGGAAUUGUCGCAACAGCAAUUACCAAAUAUUGGCAAUUUACAUGUGACAACCCAUUUAAAUAACGAAGGGGUUGGCAGACGAUCUAACCUCGCAUUUGAGCAUAUUAUGCAUAAUACGAAUGAACAACUACAAAUUGUAGAACAUACAGACAGUUCGGAAUUCGAUCAUUUAUAUUCGAACACUAAUAUUGCUUCACAAAAAAGGUGCAACUAAUUAAUGUGUUAAAACGCUAGCCGAAUAAAUAUUUAUAGUCAAAACUAAAAAGUAAUUUACAUACUCGUACAUAAAUACAUAUUUAUACAU